AUGAACGCUAUUACAGUGAGUCAAAUACAUCGAUCUUCCAUCUACAAGACCAAUUCUUCUUGUGCUUCUGUUUCGAAUAUCACUUGGUCAGGUGAUGUAUCGAUUCAAUCUUGUAUCUGGGAGUGCACUCAUCAAGAACAAUGUCAAACAGUUGUUUAUUAUCACGACAAUAAAACGUGUUUGUUAUUUCGCGGAGAUUGUCAAUCGGGUGAGAUCGUGUCAUCUGGAAAUAUUCGAGCAAGUGUUAUUUGUCACCGACGAAAUCAAGGAUCGAACAAUCAAUGCCCCACUCGAAAAUGGGUAAUGACUAAAAAUAUGAAUGUUUUACGACAUCAACAUACAGCAUCCAUAUUAUAUGAUGGAACAGCAGUACUAGUAGCUGGUGGAUACCAUAGUAGUUCUCUCAAGAGCGUUGAAUUGUAUAAUUCAUCGACAAAUUCUUGGACUGUGACUGGAAGUAUGAAUACCGGACGACAUAAACAUACGGCAUCCGUACUCUCCAAUGGAACACUACUGGUGGUCGGUGGAUAUAAUGGGAAUUGUAUAAACAGUGCUGAGUUGUAUGAUGCAUCAAAAGGUAAUUGGUCAAUGAUUGAAAAUAUGGUUGUUGCACGGCGAUUUCAUACAACAUCGAUACUAUCAAAUGGAAUAGUAUUGGUAGCUGGUGGGCAGGGUAAUAAUAGUGAUGCCCUUAACAGUUCUGAAUUAUAUUGA